GCGACGGUGAGACCGCUCACCAACGCCCCGAUUCCCGCCCACCCUCACUGAGGCUGCGCGGGCGGUGCCAAGCCUUUUACGACGGGCCGGAAAGCAGCAGUCGCAGCGGCAUAACGUGGACCAGGCAGCUAUGGGGAAAAUCGCGCUGCAGCUCAAAGCCACGCUGGAGAACGUCACCAACCUCCGGCCAGUGGGCGAGGACUUCCGGUGGUACCUGAAGAUGAAAUGUGGCAAUUGUGGUGAGAUUUCAGAGAAGUGGCAGUACAUCCGGCUGAUGGACAGUGUGGCGCUGAAAGGAGGCCGUGGCAGUGCCUCCAUGGUCCAGAAGUGCAAACUGUGUGCCCGGGAAAACUCCAUUGAAAUUUUGAGCAGCACCAUCAAGUCUUACGAUGCUGAAGACAAUGAGAAGUUCAAGACAAUAGUAGAGUUUGAGUGUCGGGGCCUUGAACCUGUUGACUUCCAACCCCAGGCUGGGUUUGCUGCCGAAGGUGUGGAGUCAGGGACAGUCUUCAGUGACAUUAAUCUGCAAGAAAAGGACUGGACAGACUAUGACGAGAAGGCCCAGGAGUCUGUGGGGAUCUUCGAGGUCACCCAUCAGUUUGUGAAGUGCUGAACUGUCUUCCUACAAACUUGCCCAUAAGAACUGAGAGGAGAGAGAGUGCCCUGAGCAGAAAUCCCAUGGGGCUUCUCAGCUCUCAUCCCCUAGCCCCUGUACCAAGCCCUCACGGUCUGCAUGCUGGGGUUUGUCACGGUUCUAAGUCCCACCAAUAAAGCCCUGUUGGUGUGUGAAGGAGGUAUGUGCAAUACUCCCUCCACAAAUAAGAAGGGACUCUGGAGGUCUUUGCUUUCCAGUUCCUGCUCUGCGCCUGAUCCAAUUGGCAAAAUACACAGGAGCAAGCGCACAGCUUAUAAAGGCUCUCCAGCUCUAGGGAAAUAGGCAGGUCUACCUACAGGAUCAAAGGUGUGAAGGCCGAUGGCACCAAGGGCAGAGAGGCCUGUGGAGUGAUGCUGUGAGCCCAGCAGCUCCCAACUAAAAUACUCCCUGAUCACCAUGGCUCUCCAGUAAACCCAGGCAUCUGUUCACAGCUCACUUCACCCCAGACCUCACAGGAGACCAGCAGCCCACUCCUGGCUCCACAUUGCUGCUGGUGGCCAGUCUGUUCAUUUGCUGUGAUAGAGUACUUCCUGACAGUCAACUCGGAAGUUCUUCCUCGUGUGGAUCGGCCUGUGGCCCCUGAAGCACCACUUGCUGGUCCUGGCUUAUCCCUGUGGCCGUAAUGUAUGCUCUGCUUCCAGACAACUCUUGGAGUGAAGACAGCAAUCAUGGCCUGCCAAGUCACAUGGAACCAGAUCCCCACACAACAGAGUGGGUCAGUGCAGAACUAGGCCAUGGGGACCCUUGUGCGUUCAUACUUGGGAACCCACCAUUUGGAAAACCUGUCACCCAGACUGUAUUUCUCCAAUAUUCUGCUAAAUCAAAAACAAAGAUUUUACUUUUUCAUUAUGUA